CAGUGGGGGGGUGAAGAUGAUGUCCGACGCCAGCGAGAUGUUGGCAGCCGCCUUGGAGCAAAUGGAUGGGAUCAUAGCAGGUAACGCGCAAAACUCACGCACACUCACAUUCUGAACUGUGGGGCUGAUCCCCUUCAAAUAUGUACAUAAAUGCCUCUUAAAUAAGCCCUUGAUAUCUAUCCUCUGGACUAGGGUUCCCAUGCUGCUGCUCUUAGGAUGUGACUGUGGUACUGGUCUGGGAUGUUUCCCAGUGCAGUCCUCCAAUAUGAGAAAGCAAGACGUUCCAUUGUUUCAGCAGUGAUGGAAACAAAUUAUUAUUCAAGGCCUACUGCUAAUAUGGUUUGCAGGCAUUGCAUGCCUCAGCCAUGGCCUGAAUGGAGGGUGGCACGCCUGUUGGGAUGGCAAUCCUACAUCUUCCAUCUGUAUUGUAUUUUACAGUUUUGUAUGUAUUUAUUAUAGUGGUCAUGUACGUGGCUCAGUUCAUAAGAGCCCAGGCUUUUCCACUGACUUGUAUAUUUUUUAGAAUUGACCAGCCAUCCCUCUUGGAAAGGUCACAUGACAUCCUCUAGCCCCUGUUACCACAGAACCCACUGCAUUCACUCUGUCCCUGGCUGCCUUUUUAGGGAAGACUUGUAUAUUUAUUUAUCCCUCUAUUUAUUUUUCUCUUCUACAUUUCUAUGAAGGUUGUUGGAUUAUAGUACACACUGGAAACGUGGCUUUUCCAAGUCCAACACACAUGCUUCUGCUCAGGCCUCUUGCACACAAUUAACAAAAAUAUAUCAAUAUCUAAUCUGUUAUUCUUUGCUUUUAAAAUGUGUGGUAUGUGAUUUUUCAGGACACAUUCAGAAAUCCACAUCUGCAGCGCAUCACAUGGGUCAAUGACAUCCCACGUGGUGAUAUUGUCUUUCAUCCUCCUCGUUGAAGGGAAUUGGGAGAGGAUGGGCGAGGCUCACACUUCCAACCACAGGGCUAAAAGUAUAGAUGUACCAGUCAAGUGUGGACACACCUACUCAUUCAAGGGUUUUUCUUUAUUUUCACUAUUUUCUACAUUGUAGAAUAAUAGUGAAGCCAUCAUAACUAUGAAAUAACAAAUGGAUUCAGGAACCAAAAAGUGUUAUUUUAGAUUCUUAAAAGUAGCCACCCUUUGCCUUGAUGACAGCUUUGCACUCGCUUGGCAUUUUCGCAACCGCUUCACCUGGAAUGAUUUAUCCAACUGUCUUUUAAGGUGUUCCUACAUAUGCUGAGAACUUGUUGGCUGCUUUUCCUUCACUUUGUGGUCCAACCCAUCCCACCACAAUUGGGUUGAGGUCAGGUGAUUGUGGAGGCCAGAUUAUCUGAUACAGCACCCCAUCUCCCCUUCUUGGUCAAAUAGCCCUUACACAGCCUGGAGGUGUGUUGGGUCAUUGUCCUGUUGAGAAACAAAUGAUAGUUCCACCUAAGUGCACACCAGAUGGGGUGGUGUAUCGUUGCAGAAUGCUAUGAUAGCCAUACAGGUUAAGUGUGCCUUGAAUUCUAAAUAAAUCCGUGUCACCAGCAAAGCAACAUCACACGACCACCUCCAUGCUUCACGGUGGGAACCACACAUGCGGAGAUCAUCCGUUCACCUACACUGCGUCUCAAAGGCACGGCGUUUGGAACCAAAAAUCUCAAAUUUGAUCUCCUCAGACCAAAGGACAGAUUUCCACUGGUCUAAUGACCAUUGCUUGUGUUUCUUGGCCCAAGCAAGUCUCUUCUUCUUAUUGGUGUCCUUUAGUAAUGGUUUCUUUGCAGCAAUUCGACCAUGAAGGCCUGACUCAAGCGGCCUCUGAACAGUUGACAUUGAUGUGUCUGUUACUUGAACUCUGAAUUUCUGAGGCUGCUAACUCUAAUGAAUUUAUUCUCUGCUGCAGAGGAUAACUUUGGGUCUUCCUUUCCUGUGGCGGUCCUCCUGAGAGCCAGUUUCUGCAACUGCACUUGAAGAAUCUUAAAGUAAUGGACUGUCGUUUUCUGUUUGCUUAUUUGAUCUGUUCAUGCCAUAAUUUGGACAUGGUCUUUUACCAAAUAGGGCCAUCUUCUGUAUACCACCCCUACCUUGUCGCAACACUGAUUGGCUCAAACGCAUUAAAAAGGCUCCAAGGCUAUGGACUACUCCAAUGGGCUGUUUGACUGCCAGUCGCCCACCUCUCCCUUCCUGGGAAGCCUGCGGGCGCUGCACCUGCUGGAGGACCUGCGGGCGGCGCUGGAGAUGAUGGACCAGGAUGAGAGGGAGGGCCUCCGCUGCCAGGUCCCUGACACCACUGCCGACGGCCUAGUGGAGUGGCUGCAGCAGGGACAACUGACCAAUGGAAAUGGCUCCGCCAUGAUCUACCAGGAACGACUGUCACGGGUGGAGAGCGAUAAGGAGUGUCUCGUCCUCCAGGUGAGUGUUCUCUCAGACCAGGUGGAGGUGCAGGGGGAGAAGAUCAGGGAUUUGGACAUGUGUCUGGAGGAGCACAGAGAGAAACUCGACGCCACUGAAGAAACGCUGCAGCAGGAGCUCUUGAGCAGGUCGACCCUGGAGACCCAGAAGCUGGAGCUGAUGACCGAGGUGUCCAGUCUGAAACUGAAGCUGACCACUGUGGCGAGAGAUCUCAGGGAUAGUGAGGGGUUGUACCAGGAAGUCAAUGACCUGCGGUUCAGGGUGACCGAUAUGGAGAAUGAAAGACUGCAGUGUGAGAAGAAACUUAAAUCCACCAAAGAGGAACUGCAGACUCUUCAGAGGCAGCUGGAGGAGCUGAGGAGACUAAAAGACCAGGCUACACAGGGAGUGCUGACCCCAGACAGAACAGAUGGAGAGAAAGAUGUGGAUGUGCUGAGGAUGAAGAGGGCCAUGGAGUCCCUGACGUCAGCUAACAAUGACAAGGACCGGCGGAUCGAGGAGCUUCAGGAGUCUAUCACACGGUACAAGAAGGUCCAGGACUUGGUGAAAGGCACACUGAAUGAAGACGAUUACGAUGACAUCCAGGAUGACAGAUCCCCCUCCAUUCAGGUCGCCAUGGAUAUAGACCGGGCCACCCUGGCAGUUGUAGAGGAGACAGGAAGGAUCUGUGACGAGAUUCCAUCUAUUGCAGUGUUUUCAGAGCUGGAGCAGGAGAGCCUGAUACAGGAACCAGACACAGACAGUCCACCAGAAGUCCCACCACAUUCAGCAGGUAGCCUGGGCCACAUAAACAGCAACACAGAGCAGACCACAGUUGAGGAGCCCACCUCCCCAUCAAACCCCAGCAGUAAUGAAAGCUUUGGGACCAAGAAGGCCCGCUCCUCCUUUGGACGUGGUUUCUUCAAGAUGCGUGGAGGCAAGAGGACGUCCAGCGCCCCAAAUCUGGAUCGCAGCCGGAGUGCGAGUGCGCCUACGUUGGCUGAGACCGAGCGUAAGGGCACAGACCACUUGGACUUGGCUGGUGCCCCGCCACACAAACCUCAGGGAGGAGACAGCAGCCAGACCCUACCUUCCUCACCGGAGGCCAAGAAGAAGUCCAGAGGCUUUAUGAAGUUCUUAGGCAGGCUGAAGAGAAGUCACUCCACCUCGCUAGACCUGGAGGAGACUGAGUUCAGGAGGGGAGGAGUCAGAGCCACAGCCGGCCCCCGACUGGGCUGGUCACGUGACCUGCAGCACAGCGCCGAUGAUGUGGACGCUCCCUUUGCGCAGUGGAGUAAGGAGCAGGUGUGUGUGUGGCUGCAGGAGCAGGGCCUGGGGCUGCACGUGGCUCAAGCCCAGCAGUGGAUCCGCUCAGGAUUCACCCUGCUGCAGGCCUCCCAGCACGACCUGGAGAAGGAGUUGGGGAUCAAACAGCCCCUCCACAGGAAGAAGCUGCAGCUGGCUCUCCAGGCACUGGGAUCAGAGGAGGAUGUCAGCAAGGCCAAACUGGACCACAACUGGGUGACCAGAUGGCUUGAUGAUAUUGGUCUGCCACAGUAUAAGAGCCAUUUUGAUGAGGGGAGGGUCGAUGGACGAAUGCUACAGUACAUGACUGUGGAUGACCUGCUUUCUCUAAAGGUGGGCAGUGUUCUCCACCACCUCAGCAUCAAGAGGGCCAUCCAGGUCCUCCGGCUCAACUUCUACGAGCCCAACUGCCUCCGCCGACGGCCCUCUGACGAGAACAACAUCACACCAGGGGAGAUCUCCCAGUGGACCAAUCACAGAGUGAUGGAGUGGCUGAGAUCAGUGGACCUGGCUGAGUACGCUCCUAACCUGAGGGGCAGCGGUGUGCACGGGGGGGUCAUGGUGCUGGAGCCUCGCUUCAACGUGGAGUCCCUAGCCCUUCUGCUCAACAUCCCUCCCAGCAAGACCCUGCUGCGCCGCCACCUGGCCACCCACUUCCACCUGCUCAUCGGCUCCGCUGCUCAGCGCAGCAAACAGGAGUGUCUGGAGAACCCUGACUACACCCUGCUCACUGCCACCGCCAAGGUCAAGCCCAGAAGGCUGCCGUUUGGUGGCUUCGGGACCCUGCGUAAGAAGCGCCAGGAGGACAGCGAGGAGUACGUGUGCCCCAUGGACGUGGAGAUGCCCAAGAACAGCAGCUUCCAGGGGGGCCUGAGAAUCUAUGAGGACAACCUGGACCAGAUGGAGGACUCGGAAGGGGCUGUGAGGCAGAUAGGAGCAUUUUCUGAGGAAAUCGACAACCUGACGAGCAUGCUGAAGGAGGAUGAAUUCUUCAGCGAGGUCUCCUCUCGCUCCCCCGAGGCCAGCGUCACCGAUGACGACUCCAACGUGUGAGGGAGGGUUCCCGCCAAUGAAAUGUAUUAACUUUAGAUGACUGACGGGGUGCUGUUUUGCAGCCACCACACAGCCAUUUUGUUACCCCUCAAUUAUAAAAGAUUUUAGAAGCUGUAGAAAUGAUUUAAUGUCUACAUUUGUUUUUGACAAGUAUAUUCUAUUAGACACCUUUUAAUGCAUACUUUGAAAUGAUGUGUAAAAAUACAAGGGAGUACUAAUGAUACUGUCCCCACUACAACAAAUACCUAAAUGCAUGUCACUUUGUCCUUGAAACAUUUGAUUGAAGUGCUGUAGAAUUCAAGUCAUUCCUAUGGAGGAGUGCUCCUUCUGAGGAGCACCAAUAUGGCUGACGGGUGGCUUCAAAGCCUCUCAUUGGCCAUUACAUAGCAUCAGCAAUCCAGGGUUUAUACACAUCAUUGGCCCCAGCUGGCGUUGCCAUGCAACCCCCCCCCCCACACACACCUUGAUAAGCUGUCUUCUACAACCUGAGACCACCUAUGCCCUUACGUCGUUUCAGCAAUUUACGAUCUCUUGUUCUGCAUUCCCAAGUGAAGUUAUUUAUUUAAGUUGUUGAAAUGUAGCGCAUGACUUGAUUUCAACAUGGGAGCAUUUACUUUAUACUUCCAUACUUUUGUGUUAAAGAACUUUUUUUUCUAUAUAUGUUUGAAUAUCCACAUGAGUCCCUGUACUUACAUGGUAUGCCAUUGUCCUGACUUUUUAUUUUUGGAACCCUCACACCUAUAUAACCUAAAAGAUUGGUCAACUCGCAGUGGGACACUUAGACUGCAAUGUUUUGACUUUAAUCCAUAAUUUUCUCUCCAUGUUGUCUCAUUUGAUGCUCCUGUUUGUGUCCCAAAGUAAUUCAAUAUUAUCACGUUGGUUUAUCAUGCCAUGUGGAAUUUUAGGAACAUGGAAGCCCAAUGUUCCAGAAUGUAAACAUCACCAGAAUGCAAUGAUAUUGUUUUGCAAGCCUUAACCAUAUCAGUGAACACAAUGUAAUGUACUGUGUACUGUUUCUAUGCAUCUUUUUGUGAAUUGUCAAUAAAAACAUGGUAAAAUGA